AGCGGGAGAGGUGGAGAGAGGGAGACGGCGCGGCGGAGCCCAGUCCCGCAACCCAGCAUGGCUUCGGGGGACCUUUACGAGGUUGAGAGGAUUGUGGACAAAAGGAAGAACAAGAAGGGCAAAUGGGAAUAUCUCAUCAGAUGGAAAGGCUAUGGCAGUAACGAAGACACCUGGGAACCUGAGCAUCAUCUACUGCAUUGUGAAGAAUUUAUUGAUGAGUUCAAUGGACUACAUGUUACUCGAGAAAAGCGAUCAAGACAUGGGAAACAGGCUGGCACUCCAAAAUUUUUACGGGAAAGUCGAGGGUCAUCUGUUGAGAAAAUGUCACACAGACCUUCUGAAUCUGGGAAGUCUAAAGGGUCAACACAUAAAAGGAAGAGAAUUAAUCCGUCUCUUCAAAAACAGAAAAGAGGAUACACAGCAAAGCCAGCAUCUGCUACUGACAGGGCUGCUAAAACUGUGACUUACAGAACUACUCCCAGCGGUUUACAGAUCAUGCCACUGAAAAAGCCACAUAACGGUCUGCAGAAUGGAGAUGGCAGUCAUGAAAAAGAUUCUAGACAUUUUGGGAAUGGCUCACAACAGCAAAACACGGAUUUAAAUGAUCAUGAAGGAGAACACAAUUUGCCAAGCGUUUUGGAAGUUAGUAACGAUUCGCCUGUUGUGAAUGGAAUUGGUUCUUCUCUGGCCAAUGGAAGCUUGAAUCUACACAGCACUGUGAAAAGGAAACUAGAUGGGGAGAAAGAUUAUGUCUUUGAUAAGAGACUAAGAUACAGCGUGCGUCAAAAUGAAAGUAACUGUCGGUUCAGGGACAUUGUAGUCCGGAAAGAAGAUGGUUUCACACAUAUUUUGCUGUCCAGUCAGACUUCAGAUAACAACGCACUGACCCCAGAGAUCAUGAAGGAAGUUCGGAGAGCAUUGUGCAAUGCAUCAGCUGAUGACAGUAAACUCUUACUUCUCAGCGCAGUGGGAAGUGUAUUCUGUAGUGGCCUAGAUUACUCAUAUUUAAUUGGCAGGUUAUCCAAUGACAGAAGAAAGGAAAGCACUAGGAUUGCAGAAGCUAUAAGGGAUUUUGUAAAAGCUUUUAUUCAAUUUAAGAAGCCAAUUGUGGUUGCCAUCAACGGCCCUGCUCUUGGGUUAGGAGCUUCUAUUUUACCACUAUGUGAUAUCGUUUGGGCAAGUGAGAAGGCCUGGUUUCAGACACCAUACGCAACAAUCCGACUCACUCCAGCUGGCUGUUCCUCAUACACAUUCCCACAAAUACUGGGUGUUGCACUGGCAAAUGAAAUGUUGUUCUGUGGGAGAAAGCUGACAGCACAGGAAGCCUGCAGCAGAGGAUUAGUAUCACAAGUAUUUUGGCCAACAACAUUCAGCCAAGAAGUGAUGCUACGAGUGAAGGAAAUGGCCUCCUGCAGUGCAGUGGUAUUGGAAGAGUCUAAAUGCCUUGUGCGGAGCUUCCUGAAAUCGGGACUGGAAGAUGUGAAUGAGAAAGAGUGUCAGAUGCUGAAACAGCUGUGGAGUUCUUCCAAAGGACUGGACUCAUUAUUCAGCUAUUUGCAAGACAAAAUUUAUGAAGUCUGAUGUCAUGGCCUAACUUCAAGCAAAACUGCUCCGACUGUAAACAGAGCCCAACAUUACCUGUGUUUGAAAAGCAGAGGCAAUGCAUCCUUGAGGAAUUUGUGACAGUGUAUCUUAAUACAUAUGGUUGUGUCCAUUUCCUUGUGAGUUACACAGCUGCUUCUAGCUGGUUUGAUUUUGUGUAACAGAGAUGUAGGCAGGCUUGUUCAGUGCACACAAUCUCUGCAGAGGGCUGCGUCUUUCACAUGCUCACCCAGACAAAAGUACACAUUCCAUGUGCUGAGAAGCACCACUGAGGCCCAAUAAGGCACGCCAUCUGUAAUGAUUUAUUUUGUCUGUCCUUCUUAACUUAUUCUUGCUGUUGCAACACAUCUGGGCUGACACAGAGGGCUCAAUCAGAAAACUGGGUCAGCGUAACACUUUGUAGACCCAACCAUGAUUCUUAUGAAAUAUUUUAAUUAUUUUUUUCUAGGUUCUAACAGUGUAAUGGAAAAAUCUGAUAAUUUAUAUGUAUAAUAUGU